UACAGACAUCACAAAGGUUUCUUAGCAGCAGAAGUCUGUUUUUCAUAAGGCCUCCAGAGUUGAUGUUUGCCAAGAGCACUUCAUCUGCCUGCAAGUAAAGGAAACAACAAUAUUCACCACAAAAAAAGUUUCUUACCUUUAAUCAGAAAGAAAAAUUUGACUAUGGAAAAGAAGAAAGUGAGAAAAGAAGUUGAACAAUUACUGAGGGACUAUGUAGGACUUCGACUGAGAGAAAAUGCUUUUGACCCACAGGGUAAAGGAUAUACCUCUUCACUGGAUAACUUGGCCCACUAUGAUCUUGCCAUAAAUGCUGCACUUCUCUGGACAGACAAAACUGGAGAUAAAGAACUGGAUGAAAACACUGGAGAAACAAGGAAUUGCAUGAAAUCAAAAUAUCCAAAUCAAAUGGAAAGAGAAGCCAUGAUUCUUUCUACAUUUGCUGGCAUCAUACUGGAUAAUCUGUCAGUAGAAGAUGUUUUUACACUCUACAGAAAUAAACCAACAACAUUUUUGCUUAAGGUCAAAAAGAACAUGAUUGUUCAUCCUUUCAGUCUGUCAUCACAUCCUUUUGCAAUGCUAACUGCACCAAAUGCCUUGGAACAUGCGAGGAAACAUGGUAUGAAACUACAUUCAUUGAAGUCUGUGACAAAAUCUAAAAAUAAAGAACUGAACAAAGACCCAAACCAGUCAACUACAGAAGAAAAUAAUUCUGUAGAAGAAGCAAAUUAAAUGUUUGUGUUUAUGUCUUUUCACUCACAAUGCAAAAUCAAGUGUCCAGUCAUUUAGUUGGUCCAGUUUUUCAAAUUUAUUGCACAGAAGGCUCUAUGAAACAGGACUCUGUCUAGGAGUGGUUCACAAUUCUGAUCAGUUUUAGUUUGCAUAAAGAGCAAUGAAAUUAUUGUAUUUUUCAUUUGUCUUUGUAUGAUGCAGCAAGCACUAAUCAGAGACAUUGUGAAAGG